AUGCCAGACGGGCCACGACCAUUCCAAGGGAGAGAUGUAACGCCAGAGACGGGCAAGAAAGAGCUCAAGAGACUCUUCAGAAGUCACCACUCGACCUAUGUUUGCACGGCACAGCAGAGGGAAGACCAGGUUCCAGGGCCCAACACACUGGUCCCUGUUAGCAUUCGAAGUAAGGAUACAGGCUGUGACUACAAGCCUGGACAGUGGAAGGCUGACCUUGUCCAGUUUCAUGAGUUGACUCCUUUUGUCUUUGGAAAGGAGCCAGGUUUCGAUCGGACGAGCCAGGAACUCCGAGCCCUGAAACAGUUCUAUCCCAUCCGUGUCAAUCGAAACUAUCCCUUCCGUUCCCGCUCGACAAUCCCCUGGACCAAAGAACGCAUUCGCUCGCUGCUCCCCCCUCGAGCCACGGCUGACCGCUAUAUCGAUCGAUAUCUGGGUACUUUCGAAAAGACACACGUCAUGUUGCAUAUCCAAACAUUCCGGGAAGAGACGAAGCUCUUCUGGCAGACACCUGGCGCCCUCCAAUAUGAGUGGCUGUCGCAAUUCCUGAUGAUGCUUGCGCUUGGGUGUCCAAGGCGCGAGAGACUUGGACACCCCCGACUUGUCGAGUCCUUUCUGGACGGUGCUGAGGCUUACUUGAUGCAGUCACAAUUCCUGGCCAAGCCAAAUCUGACAUGCAUCCGUGCGAUGGCCAUGAUGGCCAUUGCAAAGCAGAUUGACAUGGUUGCUUUCGACGAUGCCAACGCCGUGUGGUCGUUCCUGGGCCUCAUCAUCCGCCUGGCCAUGUCUCUGGGUCUGCACCGCGACCCCCAAUGGUUCCACUCAAUGUCGCCACAAGAAGCUGAAAUGCGGAAACGGAUCUGGACAACGCUUGUCUUCAUGGACUCGCACAACUCCCUAGAAACUGGCCUGCCGUUGAUCCUACACCCCGAGGAUUACGACACUUUGGCACCAGUCAAGUUGUGUGACCAAGACCUAGCAGAAGAUGUUGGCCUUGACGCAGCAUGCCACAAUCCAGAUGAUGCCGACGACUUGGUGUUCCAGACAAUCCUGAGCAGAUCCUUCCCGGACGUGUUGCGCAUCAUGCGCCUUGUACAUCGGCCGCUAAGCAACACAACACGUCGCGUCGUGCUUGAUGCUGAGGCCAAGAUCCGAGCAUUGCGCCAAACAGCGGCUGACAUGUACCGCACCUACGCCACAUGCGAAAAGUCUGGGGAUCUCGCCUGGAGAAAGUUACAGGGCGUAAUGCUGGAGAUAUAUUUCUGUCGCGUGCUCCUGGCCCUCCACCAGCCUUAUGUGAUGACACCCGAGGCCGCCAGCCGAUACCCAGAAUCGUGCUGGAGCGCGCUGGAGUCCGCUCUGGCCAUUCUGGUCCAUCAGAGGAGACUGUACGAUGAGGCCGCUGACCCGGUAUCGAUCGAGUGGUUUGCCGAAUUGUUCAAGGGCGACUUUUUCGUCGCCGCUCUGUUCGUCGCCGUUGGACUCCGCCGGAAAAGCUUCGGUACGCAGCAAACCUCCUCUGGGCCUGAUCAUCUCGCCGAGAUGGAUAUAGCUUUUCAAACCCUCGACGCGUGCUGGUCCAUCUGGGGGUCCAAAGUCGGGUUGUCCGUACACCACUUCAAAGCACAUUUGUUCCUGGGCAUUGUAAUCGCUGCCACGAAACCCUCAGACGCCCCAUUGACCCUGAGGAUCCAAGAGGCUGCUACCGCAACUGUUGCCACCGUCAAAGCAGCCAUGUCACAGAAAGAUGAGACCAUCGACCAACCAGGUACAGACCAAGAGGUCAGAAGGACUUCCGCCGAUGGUAUGAUGGAGGCUAUUACUUCCUCCAAGACGUAUACUAGGGGAUCUUUCGAUGUGACCGAUUCCCAAUUUUCAUGUUAUGCCAGCAGUUUGGACACAGACCCGUUUGUGGCAGAGCAAUUCUUAUCAGAGAUCUUUGUUGAAGAUCCUCCAUUCGCCUGGUCCUUCGACUGA